CGGCGGAGAGCACCGGCCGCCUCCCUCCCUCCCUCCGCUGCACGUGGCUGCGCUGAGCCGCCGGCUGCCGGGAGGGGGAAACGGGCAGCUCGGGAGCCGGAGUGGAGAAGCGCAGAGCCGCCACAGCAGCGCAAGAGGAGGAGGCGGCGGCGAAGUCUUGGCUGCCCCAAGUUUCCCCGAGCGAGAGGAGCGCGCUGCGAGGCAGGAGGCGGCGCCCGGCAGCAGCAGCAACAGCCGCGCCCUCUGCUCUCCGCCGCCCAGAGCCACGCACAGCCGGCUUCGCGCAGGAGUCGCUCGGGCAGCAUCCCGGCCAGGCGAGGCUCCGCAGCGCGCACAGCACAGCGCUCGUCUUUUCGCGCAGCCGAGAGAGCGAGCUCAAGCCCGGAACAGAUUUCUUUUGGAUUGUUGAAAGAAAGGAGAAGUGCAAGAAAAAAUUCCGGAGAAAUGACUGGAACAAGAUCUCUCCAGACCCAACAUCUUUGUAUGGUGUUCUGCUUGGGAAUGAUACUCUUUCCAGUGUCUGUGACAUCUAAACAAAAUGUCCCAAGACUUAAACUCUCCUAUAAAGACUUGCUGCUUUCUAACAGCUGUGUUCCAUUCCUGGGCUCGGCGGAGGGGCUGGACUUCCGAACCGUGCUGCUCGACGAGGAGAGGGGCCGGCUGCUUCUCGGCGCUAAGGACCACAUUUUUCUGCUCAGCCUGGUUGAUUUAAACAAAAAUGUAAAGAAGAUAUAUUGGCCAGCAACAAAGGACAAGGUGGAUUUAUGCAAACUAGCUGGGAAAGAUGCACAGACAGAAUGUGCCAACUUCAUCAGAGUCCUACAGCCUUACAACAGGACCCAUGUUUAUGUCUGCGGUACGGGAGCUUUCCACCCGGUCUGUGGCUACAUAGAGCUUGGAACACACAAAGAGGAUGUGGCAUUCAGAUUUGAUGCUCACAACUUGGAGUCUGGCAGACUGAAAUGUCCUUUUGAUCCUCAACAGCCGUUUGCAUCUGUCAUGGCAGAUGAAUACCUGUAUUCUGGAACGGCCUCUGAUUUCCUCGGCAAAGACACUGCUUUAACACGUUCUCUGGGUUCUUCACAAGAUCACCAUUACAUCCGGACUGAUAUUUCAGAACAUUACUGGCUCAGUGGAGCAAAGUUUAUUGGACUCUUCCCCAUCCCGGACACAUAUAAUCCGGACGAUGACAAGAUCUAUUUCUUUUUCCGAGAAGUUUCUCAAGAUAGCAGCACCUCUGACAAAACCAUCCUUUCCCGAGUCGGCCGAGUCUGUAAGAACGACAUGGGGGGCCAACGCAGUCUGAUAAACAAGUGGACCACUUUCCUGAAGGCCAGGCUCAUUUGCUCGAUCCCAGGACCGGAGGGAGCAGCUACACAUUUUGACGAGCUACAAGACGUGUUCUUACUUUCUACAAGAGAUGAAAGAAAUCCUAUGGUUUAUGGUGUCUUCACUACUACCAGCUCUGUAUUCAAGGGCUCUGCUGUCUGUGUGUACAGCAUGGCCGAUAUCCGAGCUGUUUUCAAUGGACAUUAUGCCCACAAGGAGAGUGCGGAUCACCGCUGGGUGCAAUACGAUGGGAGGAUUCCAUAUCCCAGGCCUGGGACGUGUCCCAGCAAAACAUACGACCCAUCCAUCAAGUCCACCAGAGAUUUUCCUGACGAUGUCAUUAGCUUCAUAAGGCGCCAUCCGGUGAUGUACAAAUCAGUCUACCCAGUAACCGGAGCGCCGGUGUUUUCCCAAAUCAAUGUGGACUACAGGCUGACGCAGAUUGUGGUGGAUCGUGUCAUGGCUGAAGAUGGCCAGUAUGACGUCAUGUUCUUAGGGACAGAUGUAGGGACAGUACUGAAAGUUCUGAGUAUAACCAAGGAGAAGCGAGACAUGGAGGAAGUGGUCCUGGAAGAGCUGCAGAUAUUCAAGCAUCCCUCACCCAUCUUGACUAUGGAGAUGUCCCCAAAGCAGCAACAAUUGUACAUUGGUUCCAGACAUGGAUUGGCUCAGCUCUCGCUACACAGAUGUCACACAUAUGGCAAAGCUUGUGCAGACUGUUGCCUUGCCAGAGACCCCUAUUGUGCUUGGGAUGGAAAUUCUUGCUCCAGAUACACACCAACAUCUAAAAGGCGCGCAAGGAGGCAAGACGUCAAAUAUGGAGACCCAGCUACCCAGUGCGGGGACGCUGAAGAUAGCAUUAGUCACGAAACCACUGAUGAAAAGGUGAUUUUUGGCAUCGAAUUUAAUUCGACGUUCCUAGAAUGUAUUCCAAAGUCCCAGCAAGCUUCCAUCAGGUGGUUCGUCCAACGCUCUGGAGAAGAUCACGAGGAAGAGCUGAAACCGGAUGAAAGGGUCAUCAAGACGGAAUAUGGGCUGCUGAUUCGCAGCUUGCAGAAAAAGGACACGGGGGCCUACUAUUGCAAUGCCCAGGAGCACACGUUUGUGCGAACCGUCGUGAAGCUGAGCUUAAACGUCAUAGAGAACGGGCAGAUGGAGAGCUCCCAGAAGACGGAGGAUGAAGAAGGGCGAGGGAGGGAUCUGCUAGUGGAGUCCCGGCUGCGGUACAAGGAUUAUAUCCAGCUACUCAGCAGCCCCAGUUUCAGCCUGGAUGAGUACUGUGAGCAGAUGUGGCACCGGGAAAAGAAGCGCCAGCGGAACAAAGGAGGGCCCAAGUGGAAGCACAUCCAGGAGAUCAAGAAGAAAAGGAAUCGCAGGCACCACCAGCCGGCCACCCAACACACUGCGCCCGCGUCCACAUAGUCUGCAUAUUUUAUUUAAAGAAAUGACUUCUCUUUUUUUGCAAAUGAGAACAAUUUUGUUAGUUUUCUGGGCCCCCCCUUUCGAUGUUGCUUCUCUCAAAGAGACCAGUCCAUGCCUAGCCGUUAAUGUAUAUG